AUGUCCUCCUUAGUAUUUAUGAAUGAAUUAUUCAGAAAGAAAGUCAAAGAUUUAUAUAAAAAAGACCCCAAAAACUAUCAAUCCUCCAGAAGUCCAAAACGAAAUUUUCACAGCCAAAUCGAUUUUUCAAAACUUGAAAUAGAAAGACGAGCAAAAUCUCCAAUAAACAUAAGCAACAAAUCCCAACUAUUUAUAGCAGAACUGCUACGUAAACAAGAAAGCAACCGAAUUACCAGGCACUCUUCAAGGCCUUUAAGUCUCUUAAAACGAAAAAAAGCAAACGAAAUGUUUUUUCCAGGAUUUUCCCCACACAGCCUGGUCAGAUAUUCAAAAACCCCAUCAAGCAUUAAUCGGCAAAAUUCUUGUCGAGACGUUGCAGUUGAGGCCAAGCUCCCAAUUAUUAUUAAAAAUUGUUCUAAAAAGGAUGAAGAAAUUACAAGAGAAAUCAACAAUGCCCAGAAAGUGCCAAAACUAAAAAAAUGAAGACUCCACACACAACAAACUGAGCGCAUUUCUAAAGAGGCAGGGUCUGCCAAACAGCCGAAGCAAAAAGACGCAAAGCCUGAAGACUGGGUUAUUUCAGCUUGGUAA